AUCCUGGACACUCAGUUAGCAGUGUGCCGCAGUGAUGGUGGUGUGGAACAAGUCCUCCCCAGGUGGGACCCUUCUCAUCUGGACCUCAAACACAGGAGUGGAUUCUCCAUGGCAAGUGAGAACGCAAACUCAGCUGGCCAGGUGAAGCUCACCAUCGGCUACUCCACGGAGGAAAACAGACUUUUCAUCACCGUGCACUCCUGCAGAGCCCUGGCAGCCUGCUCCAAGGACAGCGCUGACCCGUACGUUUCCUUCAUCCUGCUGCCGGACAAGAAGGCCACCACCAAGAGACGAACCGCCACCAAGAAGAGGGAGCUCAACCCCGAGUUUAACGAGAGGUUUGACUUUGAGUUCUCUUUGGAGGAAGCUGUGCAGAAAAAACUGGACGUGUCUGUGAAGCACAGCGUCUCCUUCAUGAGCAGAGAGAGGGAGCUGAUUGGGAAGAUGCAACUGGAUCUGGACCAAAUCGACCUCAAGGCCAGUGUGACAAAAUGGUACGAUAUAGUAGCGGAAAGCAGCUAGAAGAAUCGAAUCUUCUGUAUUUUACAACGUAAACAUUGUGUUGCUUCUGUGAUUCUCGCAACUGUAUUUUCAGCUUUGAUGAAAAAAAAAAAUUCCUCAUUGAAUAAAUUAAGAACAUUUCUGCAAAUCAUCAGUAUUUAUAUA